CCCCUCCCUCCCUCAUCCGCGGAGCGCGCGCGCCAUGGACGUGAAGCGGCUGAAGGUGACGGAGCUGCGGGCCGAGCUCGGGCGGCGGGGCCUGGAUUCGCGAGGCCUCAAACUCGAUCUGGUCCAGCGGCUCCAAGAGGCCCUCGACGCCGAGAUGCUGGCCGCCGGGCCUGAAGAAGCCGGCGCCGAGUCGGGGGCGGCCGGGCAAAGCCUCACUCGGGCCCGCCUGGGCGUUGAGGGGGACGGCGACGACGACGACGACGACGAGGAAGAGGAAGAGGAGGAAGAAGAGGAGGACGAAGAGGAGGAGGAGGAAGACGAGGAGGCGCUGCUGGCCGACGAGGAGGAGCAGCCCCCGGAGAAGCCUGAGGCGUCGGCGUCGGCCUCCGCGGGGACGACGACGACGGCAGCGGCAGCGGCAGCGGCGUCGGCUGGCGGCGAGCAGGCCCAAACCGAGCCCGCAGAAGGCCCCGCGCAGCCCGGAGGGGUCAACGGCGCCCAGCGGGCCGCGGAGGCCGGCGAGGAGGCCUCGGCGGCGGAGGCGGAGGCGGCAGCGGGGUCUUCGGUGGGCGGUGAGGCCGAGCAGGGCGGCGACCAGGAAGGAAAUGAGGAUGAGAAGGCAAAACAGGCUGGGCCAGACGGUGAACGACACGGCCUCAAAAGACAGCGCGAUGAGAAGGAAGAGCACGGUCGUGCUUAUUUUGAGUUUCGAGAGGAGGCUUAUAACAGCCGAUCUAAGUCUCCACCACCCCCAGAAGAGGAAGCUAAGGCAGAGGAUGAUGAGACUCUCGUGAUGUUGGAUACAUAUACAUGCGAUCUUCACUUCAAAGUCACCAAGGACCGCUAUGGAGGGCAGCCUCUGUUUUCGGAGAAGUUCCCCAAUCUCUGGUCUGGGGCGAGAAGCACCCACGGGGUGAAAGGGGGCAAAGUCUGCUUUGAGGUGAAGGUGAUACAAAACCUGCCCCUCAAGGAAGGCUGCACAGAGACUCAGCUGCUCCGGGUCGGAUGGUCUGUCGACCUCUCUCGUUCCCAGCUAGGUGAGGAUGAGUUUUCUUACGGCUACGAUGGACGAGGGCUGAAGGCUGAAAAUGGGCAGUUUGAAGAAUUUGGUCAGACCUUUGGGGAGACCGAUGUGAUCGGUUGCUUUGCCAACUUUGAAAGUGAAGAGGUGGAGCUGUCCUUCUCCAAGAACGGAGAGGACCUGGGCGUGGCCUUCCAAAUCAGCAAAGAAUUGCUGGGGGACAGGGCCCUUCUGCCCCACGUCCUGUGCAAGAAUUGUGCCGUGGAGGUCAAUUUCGGCCAGAAGGACGAGCCCUUUUUCCCGGUUCCUGAGGAUUACCUGUUCAUUCACGCCGUCCCUGUGGAGGAGCGUGUGCGCACCCCGGCACCCCCCAAAGCGCCUGCAAAAUGUGAGGUUUUACUGAUGGUUGGGCUACCAGGAUGUGGGAAAACGUUUUGGGCCCAGAAGCACACCCAGGAGAAUCAGGACAAGCGUUUCAACAUCUUGGGGACUGACAACAUCUUGUACCAAAUGAAGACAAAAGGCCCCGUGGUUGAAGAGCCGCUGCCUAUCGAAGCUCGCGAUUCGCUGCUUCAGCAAGCUGCCCGUUGCGUGAGCAAACUGGUCCAGAUCGCACCCCGGACAAGGAGAAAUUUUAUUCUCGAUCAGUGCAACGUCUACAAUUCCGGCCAGCGGAGGAAACUGCUGCCUUUCAAAGGGUUCCUUCGCAAAGUGGUGGUGCUAGUGCCCAGCGAGGAAGAUUGGGUGGAUAGGCUGCAGCAGAGGGAGAAGGCCGAAGGGGAGAGCGUGCCAGAAUCGGUGAUGCUGGAAAUGAAAGCCAACUUCUCCCUUCCGGACAAGUGCGACUACAUCGACGAAGUCCUCUUUCAAGAGUUGGCGAAAGAAGAGGCUCUGCCUCUGGUCACUAAAUACAAGGAAGAGGCCCGGAAACUCCUCCCACCCUCCGAGAAACGGACGAACCGUCGCAACAACCGGAACAAACGCAACCGCCAGAAUCGCAACCGCGGCCAGGGAUACGUCGGAGGAAGUCAGCGCCGAGGUUACAACAAUCGAGCCUAUGGACAACAGCAGUACUGGGGUCAACCUGGAAACAGAGGCGGUUAUCGCAACUUCUACGACAGCUACAGAGGCAGGGAUUACAAUCGCUUCUACGGACGUGAUUACGAUUACAACAGAUACCGGGACUACUACAGGGACUACAACCGAGAGUGGCAGAACUACUAUCAAGACAGAGACCGAUACUACAGGAAUUACUACGGAUACCAGGGGUACCGGUGAAACCCCUUAGCCGCCUCCACCCUUCAGCCAAGCAGCCAGGCUCGACCGAGGGAGAGAUGGGGGGAGAAGCGUCCACCACUUCUCCAGAAGCAAGCAAUGGAAACGGGAGUUGGGGGGGUGGGAAGGGGGAGGGAGGAGGAGGAGGAGGAGGAAGAAAGCAGUGGCUGGGUUUGAGAGAGAGAGAGAGAGAGAGAGAGAGAGAGGGGGGGGGGAAGGGGGGGAGGUUUGAAAACCGAAACAAAAAUUGUAAAUUUUUUUUUUAAAAGUUUGUUGGAAAAAAAAAAUAUUGUCUUAUUCUAUAAAAAAGAGAGAGAAAAAAAACCAGAAAAAAAAACAAAACCCGCACACCACAUUUCGAACUCUAGUUUAGACAUUUGUAAUCCCCAUUUGUUCUCCUGGGAAAAAAAGAGAGAGAGAGAGAGAGAGCAGCAGCACUUAAAAAAGCCGUCUAUGAUCGGAUAGGAAAAUAAGACAUGGUAGAGCAGCUAGGCUGGCAGCUUGUCCUGGGGGCCGGGGUGGGACAGAAACAGGAGGGGCAGGGCUCCUGGGGGGGGGGAACGGAGGGAAGACGGAGGGGUGCAGGGCUGGGAAGGUGGAUGGUUGGGGCACCCCCCCAUUUUCAACUUAAAACCCAGGGGAGGAGUUCGUGUGUCGACAUAUAAUUCGAUUUUUCGUUGUGCAGUAACUCCCGGGCGAGAACCAGGCCCUUCUCCUCGCUCUGUCAAAAUAUCACCACCACCCCUGUUUUCAGACAGUGAAUGUUGGGUGCCACAGACUGGAGGCUAAACUUCCCCCGCCGUUCCUCCUCCGAAUUUUCAAGCAAGGCUCACAAAUCCCUCCGGCCGACCGUACCACCAAACCAGCCACUCAUCCCCGUUUGAAGCCUGUAGCUCUUUUUUCUCUCCCCUCCCGCGACUCAGCCGGCUCCUUUUGAUCAUCUCUACAGAAUCUAUGUCCUUUCCUCCUCCUUUCUUUUCUUCUUUGAUUUUAGUUGGUUUUUUUUUUUGCCUUGAUAAUGGAAUGAAAGGAACUUAAAUCUCUCAGGGUUUCUUGCCGGAUCUCCUGGGUGUUAGCACCUGACAUGUAUAUAGGGAAAUUGUGCUAGCAGGUCGAAUUCAACUUCCGAGUAGCUUUAAUGUGGAACACUGAAAGGUCGUCUUUUACGUUGCUUUUUAAAAUACUGUCAAGCGCAGGGGUGAGGAUGGGAGAGGGGAAGCCCAUCACCCUGGGGUUGUUAUGGUUUUGCAAAACGGAUCGGCCUCUACAUAAUGUGGGGAAGGGGAGACAGCCUGCCUUGAAGGGGUUGGACAGACCGCUUGUUUCUAGCUUGGAAAAUGAAUUUUGGUGUUUAUUUGAAAGCAUAGUUCUCUUUCUUCUAGUCUUCUUCUUCCUUUCCUCCUCCUCUUCCCCUCCUCCUUCCUUCCUCCUCUUCCUGGUCUACCUUCUUGUCUGCCUCCUCCUCCUCCUUCCCUAUUCUCUUUUCCCUCACAUUAUCGAAUUAACUUGUCUUUCUUGGCUUGUCUAUCAGAGGAAAGGGUUUGGGAGUCUUUCUGUCACUGGAUGCCCUCUGGAUACCCCCCUCCCCAUCGUGUAAAUACCCCCUUGCUUCUUGGCGCUGCUUGUCUCCAGCUUGGCUAAUUAUGUCUGAUUCCCAUCCACAGGGAUUAAAAGAUUAGUUCCUUGUGAUUCACUGUUUGAAAUUCAAACUUUUUAAAUUCAGGGGUGGGUGGUUUGGGGGUUCUUUUUCCUUUUUUUAAAUGUUGGCUGUUUAUUUUAUUAUUAAUUUUUUUUUUAAAAAAAAGAAUAGAUUCUCCCGAAAUCUCUUCCCAGUCUUCGCAAGCAGCUUUUUAUUUCCAUCCCCAUUUUAAAAAUGAUAAUAAUAAUAAUGCUUAUUCUGCAUUUCAGCCAGAUUCAGAAUUCUGCCAAUUUCGGGAGGUGCCUGGGAAAUUGGAUUGGGGGGGGGGGGGGAGAAGGAAGGUGAUACAGACGAGGGGAAGGAAAGGCAGAAUUUGAUCUCCGUGCAUGCGUGUGGUUGUGUGAACAACUGUUUUUAUAUCUAAAGUUAACUGGUAUUUUCAAUACUUAAGGCCACCAAGGGGGACAAAAAAAAAAUAAUUCUUCUGGAGAAAAACAGCGCACAUAUGCUGAGGGUGAGACAGGGAAGACGAUCCAUGCUUGUGAGUAACUUCAGUAGCUGACCGCUUGUGUGAGUUUGAAAUUGUGGAGGGGCUCUGAAAAGUUGGCUGUGGGCAUUCCUUGCCCCAUGUGCAGAGUGCCAGCUGCUGAGAUCACAGUCAGGCGUUCCUUGGUUACACCUGUUGGAUCACAGGAUAAAUGGGAAAGAGCCGCCGGGCCCCAGUUAGCUUCUGUACUUUCUAAGAAAUAGAAUGUUUUUGUUUUUAAAAGUAAAGGUCUUUUUCUGAUGGGACCUUUAUAAAAAAGGGAUUUCUGGCUUUCUGGACUGGGGAAUGAAUGAAACUGCUGCACCCUUAGACCAACAGACCGAGAGAGAGAGAAAAGAAAGAAUUCUUAGCAACUUUAGUAGAUGUCUUUUCUUUUUCUGCACAUUUUUGUAAAAAAGCAAACUUAAAAAGAUAAAAAAAAAAGUCAAACGGUUUAAAAAAAAACCUUUAAAAAAUUCAGCCUGUUUAAAAAAAAAAAUCUGUUAGUGUUUUUUCAUGAUUGUAUGUCUUAGUUGCUGUAGACACAAAAGCUCAAGCGAAACCGAAGGCAGUAAAAAGGAAAAAAAAUGUUUUUACGAAUGGUGAAACGUUGAAGCGGCCAGUAAAAAAAUAAUAAAAAUAAAAAUAUGGGGAGGGAGGGAUUGCCAUUGAACAUGUAACUUUUGUGUGGUUGUUUACAUCUGUAACUUUUCCUUUCUUAACAAUUCUGGCAUCUGUAGGUUGG